CACUAAACAAAACCCCCUACUUUCUCAUAUCCAACACCAAACUUUUACAAACAAAACUUUGUAGAGAAAAACAAUGUCAGCCUGCAGCAAGAUCCGUCACAUUGUAGCACUGCGCCAAAUGCUACAACGCUGGAGGAAGAAGGCAGCCCGUCGCUGUGUCCCUAUCGACGUGCCAUCAGGUCAUGUAGCCAUCACAGUAGGCACCAACUGCAAGAGAUAUGUUGUUCGUGCCACUUAUUUGAACCAUCCAAUGUUCAAGAAAUUGUUGUCACAAGCUGAGGAAGAAUAUGGUUUUACUAACUCUGGUCCAUUAGCUAUUCCUUGUGGCGAGUUGUUCUUUGAAGAGUUCCUUAGCCACUUGGACAACAAUAAGUCAAUGUUAGUGAACUUUGAAGAUUUUCAAAGAUAUUGUCACAUGGAUGCUCGAAGUAAUCUUGAUUUUAGGGGUGAUUCUAGACCCCUUUUGCAUACUAAGUUCGUAUGGUAAUCCACGAGAGACGAACCAAAAUUUUAAGUCAAUUGAUACAAGACAACUAUAUAUUGUGGUAAUAGGUAAAGUUUUAGUACAAAAAGGGCAACUUUUUUCUCAAAAUUUUGUCAAUUAUAUAUAUUGAGUUCGAGUGCAACACAAGUGGAUUUGUCCAGACGCACAACGUAAAUUAUGUUAUGAAAAUGUGACUGGAGAUGGCAAGAAAGUGGACGAGUUGAUUAGCCACAGAGUCGUCCCAAAUUUUGAAUUAAGAGUGAAAUUCAAGAAUUGCAAUGUGCAACAAAGAAACUGAGGAAAAGAGAUACACAAUGAUUAAUGUUGUACUUAAUAGUUUUUUCUCCUAAAGAAUGAUUUUUGAUGAUAUAUUAAUGGAAAAUUGUAAAGAAAUUAA